UUUUAAGUUGCUGCAUUUACUCUGCAGGUCAGCGAGCAGCUACCAAAGGGACUACGGCCAUCAUCAGAUUGCUAGUUGCUGCGAGAUGUGUAUCUAUUUUGGGAGCAGUGCACUUGUCAGGGAGGUUGAUAUGUCUGUGCCUGGCUUGACAAAAUAAACUACGACACACCGGAGAGGCUGAUUUAAGAUGUGGAGGAGCACUGAGGCUGCUUCAGGGGAUUGCUACUCAGUUACCACAUGCAGAAGGUUCGGGACAAGCAUGUAUUUGUGAAAGAACACACAACUUCAGGAUGAACCACCUGCUUAAGCCGACCGACGAGCCGAGCAUUCCUCCCAGCUCCCACUGUGGCCAACUGAGCGCCCUGCCAUUUCCUUUCAAAACAGGAGGAUGUGAUGCAAGGAUGUGAGUGAGUGCUGCGGUCAGGUCCCCGGUGUGCUCGCCUUGCAGAGCAGCGGUGUGAGAGAUGGCUCCAUGACAAUGGGCUUCCUGGCAAAGGUUUUUUCUUUUUUGCACAGGAGGAAAUCGGCUGUUUAAUGCAGGAGCCGGUUUACACGCUGCAUAGAGGUUAUACAGUGCAGAGAUGGCCUGAGUGUUGUAAUAUGUUGGAGAAACUGUGUCAGAGUCUUGUCUGUGGUGGAGGUCUCCAUGCCAACCACUGCACAAUGGGCACAACACAAGCUAACUGUGCCUCCAAGGCUUGAGAGGGUAUUUUAAGAUCUUGUAACAUGUGCUCAUUUGAUCUCAUGGCAUUGUUAAUUUUUUAUUACAACACCUUUGUGUACCUAUUUGCUGCAGUGAGUGGAAGGUGUUUUCACAUGUUGCAGUAAAUCUCACUUUUCAUUGUGCAAUGUUUCACCAGAGCUGUUGUACCACACAGCGAGGGAAGUAAGAGUUUAUACGAGUUAUUUUUCACACUGGGGGAAGAUGAAGCGCUCGAGUUUGCUAGAAUCUGUUUCCCAGCAGCGGCCCGAGCUUUAAGAUGGAUCGAGGGGAUUUGCAUGGGGUGGGGUGGAGAGAUGUGAAGGAGUACAGGAGAACAAGAGAGAGAGAGAAAGAGAUGUUACUGCUGAGGCACAGCAAAUGAGGGCUGUAGAGGGGGGAGGAGGGAGAGGGAGGAAAGAAAAGUAGGCAUACUCACACAGAUCAGAAAACAACAGUCCCGUCCUGUGCCCAGAGGACAGAAGCUGCUGUCUACUCACACCGAGAGUGGAGAGGGAGGAUUGACUUUUACCUGCUGUACACGCUGCACUCACCGCUCUGCCUCCCCUCUUCUUUGCUCCCCUCUUCAACACAGCCUGUCUGGAGCUGCAGAGGACUGUCAGCCCGUACAGACGAAGCACAAGAUCAGAGUGCUGGCAGAGCAACUGUGCCUACAGCUCUACCGCCCUGUAUUACUCUCCCUCACACAUGCACACCAAAAUGCUCUCACAGGCACACGUUCAGAGAACUUUCUCUCGCGCACACACACUUACAUGCUGACGAGCAGGCAGCCAGGCAAGCACACCCCCUCCCAUUAUCUGUGUGGCGAGCACUUCUGCUCAUAUUGGUGUGAGCAACGAGGGGCUGUAUUUCGCUCCUCAGCAGCAGCAGCAGCGGCAGCAGCGGCAGCAGUAGCAGCAGCAGCGGCAGCAGCAGCGGGACGCGUCCAGAGGAGAGCUGUCAUCACCACAGAUCACACUCCAGCUUCUACAACUGAAGUGUGUGCCAGUGGGACAACCAUGGAGGACACCCUCACCUGCAGCCAUGCCACUUUCUCCCAGGUGUUUGGACGCCAGGGACAGCUCAUGCAAGCAACGGUCCAGUCUCUCAACAGCCUUAACGAUCAGAUCGCUCAGUUUAUGGUGACCAGACCUUGUAAUCUGCCUGAUGAAGAUGAGACCUUCAUCCCGGGAGAGAGGGACACCUUGAGGAAGUCCAUGACCCUGAUGAGACACCUGCUCAUGGAUGCUCAGGGGAAAAUCCUUAAAAUGAUGGAAGACAACAAACAGCUGGCACAGAGGAUUGAUGGGGCCAUCCAGUCCGCCAGUCAGGAAGUGACCAACCUCCGCUCCGAGCUCUCUGCCACCAGCCGCAGACUGGCAGAGCUGGGCGCCAGCAGCCCCCCUGCCUUGGAGAACCACCACCAGCAUAACCACCACGAUGACAGCCUCCACUACCGGGAUCCAUCGGUGCAUCAUAGACAGAAGACAGUAGUGACAGACAUGUGCUACCCGACGGAGAUAUCCAGCUUGAUGGACUUUGGCACUCCAGACUGCUCGCUAGGCAAAGUGUUGUUGCGUGAGGAGGUGGCCCAGCUUCAAGAGGAGGUCCACCUGCUGAGGCAAAUGAAGGACAUGUUAAGUAAGGACCUAGAGGAGACCCAGGGAGGCUGCACAGCCAACCUACUCUCCGCCACCGAGCUCCGUGUGCAGCUGGGUGACAAGGAGCAGGAGCUGGACCGUGCCAAGGAGGCCUUACAAGCUAUGAAAGCUGACCGUAAGCGUCUAAAAGCGGAAAAGGGAGACUUGGUGAGUCAGAUGCAGCAGCUGUACACAACACUGGAGAGCAGAGAAGACCAGCUGCGAGAAUUCAUUCGCAAUUACGACCAGCACCGAAAGGAGAGUGAGGAUGCAGUGAAGGCCCUGGCAAAAGAGAAAGACAUGCUUGAGAGAGAGAAGUGGGACCUGAGGAGGCAGACCAAAGAAGCCACGGAGCAGGCCAACAUCCUGCGUACUCAGAUGGACAUGAAGGAGAACAGGGUCAAAGAACUAGAGGCCGAGCUCACCAUGGCCAAGCAGUCUCUGGCCACCCUGACAAAAGACGUACCGAAGCGCCACUCGUUGGCCAUGCCUACAGAGCCUGUGGUGAACGGCAGUCAGGAGUGGGUGAUGCAGGCCGACCUGCCGCUGACCGCCGCCAUUCGACAGAGCCAACAGACCCUCUACCACGGACACACAACAGACAGACAGGCUGUGGUCAGGAUCAGCCCCUGCCACUCUCGCCAGCCCUCCGUCAUCUCUGAUGCUUCUGCGGCUGACGGGGACCGCUCCUCCACGCCCAGUGACAUCAACUCACCUCGUCACCGGACCCACUCCCUCUGCAAUUCCAUGGAGGACCUGGAGGACCAGAAACGUAAGAAGAAGAAGGAGAAGAUGACUCUGGGAUCUCUGUCACGGGUGUUCGCUCGGGGCAAGCAGCGCAAGUCACUGGAACCCGGCCUGUUUGAUGGUACAGCCACACCUGAUUAUUACAUAGAGGAGGAUGCCGACUGGUGAUGCUGAGUGUGUGUGUGAGCGUGUGUGUGUGCGUGUUUUAAUGUUUGAAUAUGUGUGGAUAUCCACCUAGCUUUAACUGUGUGUACAGAGCAUUUUGUGUGUGGAAUUGAUUGGAUGGGGGAGGGGGGUAAAUUUUAAAAGAAAAGCCUAACAGAGACUGCUAUCCCCAUAAAUGUACAGUAUAUUACCCUCAAAUUGUAUGUUUGUAAAUUAGAUAUAUAUUUAUAGAUGUACAUGUAUGCAUCUGUAUAUAUGUUUACAUGCAUAUAAAUAUAUACAUGGGGUUAUUAUUAUGUGUAGACAUGUUUAUGCUGUAUUAUCUUCCAAAUGUCUUAAUGUUUUAUGGUUUUUUUUUAUAACUGGAGACUUGAAGGACUGCUGUUCAUAUGUAAAUAGGAGUUAUUGUGAAACUAGUGUUUUUACUGUCAAUGUCAUUUGGCUUUUGUUACUUUGCAGUUGCUUUUAUCAUGCUUUUCAACAUUGAUUUCUAAGUUUCUUCUAAUCCCUGAUCCUACUUGGCCUAAUUAUUAUUAUGACAGAGGAGACAUUACCUGAUUGGCUUGGAAAGAAAUGGAUAUUUUGGAGUUUAAUCCACCAAAUUCUGUUGUUUUAAAGUGUUUGUUGAUAUGGAAACACAUGCAUUAUUUAUAUUUAGAUCUGACUGUGGUACAGAGUUGUACUUUGAGGUUUCUUUGCUGAUAAUACAUCUGCAACAUAUCACAAUGUGGGCAGCAGGGAUCCAUUUUAUGAUGGAAAUAAUUACCAAUAAGUGUUUUAGAGUCAGUCUUUCUUAAAAAAUUAAAUUGUACUGACUUGAAUACACAAACAAAAAUGAACAGUGAUGAAUAUUCAGGCACACCUCUUGUCUGCUGUUAAACCAUGUGCAAGUGCCAAAGGUUAAAAACACUCAUCUUUGAAAAAUCUGCGCAUCAUUCUGUCACUGUUAGCACUAGCCUCGUAACAUUGUUUAUGUCUGAUUCAUCUCCUACUGAGAGCUAUCUAACAUGUGCCAAUAUGAGACAAAGGAAUGUGCAUUAAACACCUGCAUGAUCCCUACGUGUUGCUUUGGUUAGAUGUUCAUUCAUUGCCAAUCGAAUUAAUAAUCUCCACAAUCCUGUGUUGCUCCCAUGUUGCCCUGUCUCUUUACCAAGUUAUCUUUCCUUGCAUUAUGAAUGCACGGUCCCUUUUUUUUUUCCUUUUGCUGUUUUUGUUUUGCGUUGUGUAGAAUCCCUCCUCAUUUCUUGCAAAUGUGGCUCUAAUAAUUCUCUGUUAAAUGCUUUGUAAUUUAGGAGAUGUUGCGUAAAAGAUUAAAUCUAUUGAAGUAUUUUAUUUAAAAAAAGACAAACCAGAGGUAACUUCAAAUAUUUAUCUGCUGCAGCUGUUGCAGCCAGAUGUCGAGGAGGUUUUAGCAUUUUCAAAAUGAAUAUAAUUGAAAUGAAAUCUUAUUUUAAAAAUAAAACUAGUAACUGAAUACA